GAGAGAGCAGGGUGGAAGGAGGGCUGCAGAAGACAUCUACGAGGACAAGACCAGAGAAAAUCAGAGAGAUGAUGUUUCCACAGCAGGUUCUCAUCACAGUCCUGGGGCUCACAUGGACAGCAGUCGCUGGGCUGCCGUGCACUCACAUGUCCCCCUCUCAGUCGCCUCCUUCCAAUGUUAACAGCGUUCGCCCCUCAGAUGUGGCCGUGUUGUCCUCCAUUGGACUUCACAGUCCCAGCACUGAGCUGACCAUGGUGCUGUCAAGACUCACAGAGCUGAUGACGUUGUUCAAUCCCGCGCUGAUCAGUCCUCACUCAGAAGAAACGCACAGCACACUGUUGGAGCAGGCAAAGCAAGCUUCCCUGUACCUCCAGAACAAUCAGAUCAUUGAUGUGGAUAAAGACUGGAAGCUGCUCCUUCUCUUUGUUCAGGUGGAUCAGCUCUGUAUCUGUGAGCAGCAGCAGGUUCAGUCCGUGGUUAAAGAGGUGGAUGAGGCUCUGCAGCUGCUGCACUCUCAGCUGACUCGGACCAUCGUCAGUGUUGCAUUAUGGGACGAAAGACGCGACGGUUUCGACAACAAGAUGUGUUCGUGCAUGGAGGCAAACAGUGAAGGAGAAGUCCGACUUCAGAGGGCCGUGCUGAAGCAAGCUCUGCAGGCGUCCUUGGAUGAGCUCUUGGUAAAGAAGCGCUGGUACAGUGACAGAGAUGACUUCACUGUCGUGAUGCAGGACUCGCCUUUCAUCGCAGACCUCUCAUCUGUUGCAAGUGGGAAGCUCCUCUGGGAGUCACAAGCGUCACAGCAAACCAACAACCUGAUGGUGCAGAUGUGGACCAACCUGCUGCAGCCCACGAGUGGCCAACCCAGCGCAGAAGACGAGGGAAAGAUCACCACGUUGCCAUGUCCCACUGAGGACCGGCCCUUCCUGAGGACGGAGGGAAACUCUCCUUCGUAUCACCACAGCGAUGCGGCUCCUCUCUCUACCCGAGUUACAGGCACAACGAUGCCCUGUAAGAACCUCGGUCCCUCACCUUCCACGCCCACCUCAGUGCACCAACUCAGACCUGGAGAUAUUAAAGUGGUAGCUGCUGUGGGAGACUCUCUGACAGCAGGGAACGGUAUAGCGUCGGGCCAGAACGACAUCAUGGACGUCCUGCGUGAGUACAGAGGUUUGUCCUGGAGCAUCGGAGGAGAUAAAGACCUCACAACUGUCACCACACUGCCCAACAUCCUGAAGUAUUUUAACUCCCGUGUGACGGGCUUCUCUGUUGGCAUUGGCAAGCAGACCACUGCUGGGGCUUUCCUCAACCAGGCUGUCCCUGGAGCAAAGAGCGAGGAUGUUCCAGCACAGGUUCGAGCUCUGGUGGAAAGGAUGAAGAACGACGCUAGAAUCAAUUUUAAAUCAGACUGGAAGGUGAUCACCCUUUUUAUCGGUGGAAAUGACCUCUGUGGCUACUGCGAAAACACUGCAGUCUACUCUCCAGAGAAUUUUGCCCGUCAUAUUCGCGACAGCCUGGAUUAUCUCCACCAACAGGUGCCUCGGGCUCUGGUGAACUUAGUAGAGCCUCUCCAUAUCACCACACUGAGAGAACUGCACUUAGACACUUCACUUAAAUGCCCAACUUGGCUGGUAAAUGAGCUGUGUCCAUGCGUUGUCUUGCCAAAGCCUAACUCUGCAGCUCUUCAACAGAUCCAGGACAUCAAUAGAAAAUAUCAGAGUUCAGUACGUGACCUUGUGAACUCAGGCCGAUACAACACUCGCUCAGACUUCACUGUGGUCGUCCAGCCUUUCCUCCGAAAUGUCAUCCUCGCCAAACUGUCGGAUGGCCGCCCUGAUCGCUCCUUCUUCAGUGCUGACUGCUUCCAUCUCAGCCAGAAGUCCCAGACUCUGUUGGCUCGAUCUCUCUGGAACAACAUGCUUGAACCUCCGAGCUCGAAAACCACCACACUGAAUUUUGGUCAACAGACUGGCCUGAAAUGUCCAACCACGGCUUCACCAUAUAUCCGGACCAACAAGAACAGUUAUUACAGAUAUGCUGCCCCCGCUCCAAAACCCGCACCUGUCAAGUUCACAAACUGAGACCAGCAGACAUCAAGGUGGUGGCAGCACUAGGAGACUCUUUAACGGUCAAUCCCUUCAUCUUCACUAAGAUCAACAGCCUAUCAAGUCCACAGUAAUCACCACCAACGGAACGACUGAUGCUCCCGUCUCAGGUCCCACCGUCAACACUGCACCACCCCUCCCUGUGCCAGAAUGGGAAUAGUCAGUUCACUGGCCGGUAUUGCGGAACCAGGUGAAACACCCAGCGGAAACAGCAACAACUAUAUACCAUUAUGGUCCUUUUUCUGGUGGUGGUUUGGUCCACCAAUUCCUGAAAAUUGAUGGUGAAAGUCAAAAUAAUCAAUGGUAAUACAAGUAUUUCAAAGAUUUGUGAUUUUUAUACUGUACAGAAAUUGUGAGAUAAGCCAGAAGUCCUGUACUUAUCUCUUUGCUCAAUUUUAUUAAUUGAUAAAAUAAAAUUGGUACAUUAUUCGAGUCACGGUUGAUGUACUUUGUAGACAGCCGUACCCACUGAAAUAAGAUGUUUCCUGAUGUCUGUCUCCCAUCCAAAUAAACUCAACAUUAUCAAGGUGAUUCUUUUUAGUUAUCCUAGCGAGGUGGUUCCAGAGAUUACAGUAUCAGUUGUUUAGUUGGUAGGCCCGCCACUUUGGUCCACACUGAAAUGUCUCAGCUUAGUCAUGGUUCCAACACAAUGUAUCCUAAUGACUGAAGUAACUAUGGUGUUCUCUUAAAUGAUUCUCUUAAAUGAUUGAAAAUGAUUGUUGGUUUUGGUCUUUUCGCGGGGUUUGUUGACAAUAUGAUAAACAGAAUAAUGUCAGUCUUAUUCUUUAAAGACACACAUUCCUCAGGACCUAAUGGAAAACGUAAAACCAUGAGGAGGAGGAGGAGGAGGAGGAGGAAUGGUAAUUUGCUAAUAAAACUUUGCACUGUAAACAUGAUACAUGAAAAAUGUGAGAGAAUAAAGCUUCUGCAUACAGCUUCCUUCU